CGGCUGAGGGCGGGCGGGCGGGCGCGGGGGAGGGAGGGGGGCCGGUCCGCGACGACUCCCCGGACGGCGUUUCUCCUCCGAGCGGCGCCGGUUUCGGCUUUGGGGGGGGCGGGGGUACAGCCCAUCCAUGACCAUGGGCGACAAGAAGAGCCCGACCAGGCCAAAAAGACAAGCGAAACCUGCGGCAGACGAAGGCUUUUGGGAUUGUAGCGUCUGCACCUUCAGAAACAGCGCUGAAGCCUUUAAAUGCAGCAUCUGCGAUGUGAGGAAAGGCACCUCCACCAGAAAACCUCGGAUCAAUUCUCAGCUGGUGGCACAACAAGUGGCACAACAGUACGCCACCCCACCACCCCCUAAAAAGGAGAAGAAGGAGAAAGUGGAAAAGCAAGACAAAGAGAAACCUGAGAAAGAUAAGGAAAUCAGUCCUAGUGUCACCAAGAAAAAUACCAACAAGAAAACAAAACCAAAGUCUGAUAUUCUGAAAGAUCCUCCUAGCGAAGCAAACAGUAUACAGUCUGCAAAUGCUACAACAAAGACCAGUGAAACGAAUCACACCUCAAGGCCCCGGCUGAAAAACGUGGACAGGAGCACCGCACAGCAGUUGGCAGUGACUGUGGGCAACGUCACCGUCAUUAUCACAGACUUUAAGGAAAAGACUCGCUCCUCCUCGACGUCCUCAUCCACAGUGACCUCCAGUGCAGGGUCAGAACAGCAGAACCAGAGCAGCUCGGGGUCGGAGAGCACAGACAAGGGCUCCUCCCGUUCCUCCACGCCAAAGGGCGACAUGUCAGCAGUAAAUGAUGAAUCUUUCUGAAAUUGCACAUGGAAUUGUGAAAACUAUGAAUCAGGGUAUGAAAUUCAAAUCCUCCACCUGCCCAUGCUGCUUGCACCCCCUGGAGAAUCUUCUGUGGACAUCGGCCUCUUAGUGAAGCUGCCGGGAUAAUUUCUGCUUGCCAUGGGCAUCUGGCCACCAAGGAAUUUCGCACCCUGACGAUUACUCUUGACACUUUUAUGUAUUCCAUUGUUUUAUAUGAUUUUCCUAACAAUCAUUUAUAAUUGGAUGUGCUCCUGAAUCUACUUUUUAUAAAAAAAAAAAAAAAAUCUGCUGUGCACAAUUUUCCAUGUACAUUACAACUGGUUUUUUGUUUUUGUUUUGUUGGGGGGUUGGUUGGGAGGGGGAGGGAACUUUUAUUUAUUGUGUUCACAGACUCCAUCCUUUCAGCAUAUCCUUUUAAGUUUAGUUCUUUCUUCCAGUUAUACUAUGUACUAUCAGUUUUGAUAUAACUAUAUAUAUAUAAAUAUAAAAUUAUAUAUAAAGGGUUAUUUGAAACCAAUCCAUGGCAACGCUGGUGCUUGAUACACUGUGAAGUGAAUACAACAUUGAACAGUUACAGAUCUGGGACAGUCCCUUCUAUGAAAGUGCUGAAAUUAAAUUAAAAUCAGUCUUACAUGAAGUAUGUUCCAACCUACGUGGGAACUUGACUCUCUCAUCUGUCUAAAGAGUACUGGACGAUAGAAAAAUAUAUAUUUUUUAAACAAUGUGAUCUCAAAUUUAAAGACUGCUCCAGAUAGCCUGCAUUUGCAAUGGAAUAACUGACAAAUCACAAAUGGUUUAGUUGGGAGGGCUUUGAUCAUUCGAAAGUAACUAAACUAGCUCCAGAAUGCCAAGUAUUCGUGUAAGUUCCGGUUACAUGUUAACAUUGCUGUUCUUACCAUAAGCACUCAUGAAAAUAUGGUAUUCUGUAACUCGAAUUCCAUCCAUUUUCCAGACCUCUACUCAUGACUGAGGUAAAUAUAAAUCAUCUCUUAGUUUUAGGAUUAAAA